AUGUUAACUAAAGAUUAUUUUGUUUCUAUUUCAGCCUAUACAGAGUUUUUGAUGUUUUCUAAAGUAACUGGUAUAGACUCUGUCUCUAUGUCCAGGAUACCCAGUAAAAAUCCACCAUUUAAACCCAUUACCAAUGAAACCAUGCAGAAUGUGAUAGGAUUAGCCUAUGAUUAUAAAGGGAACCGACUCUACUUCAGUGAUAUACAACGUGGUGACAUACAGUCUGUCUCUUUUAAUGGUUCAGAUCUUCAAAUUGUUAAAGAAGGUGUAGGAUCAGCAGAAGGUUUGGUAUUCGACUCCAAAAAUAAUAACUUGUAUUUUACCAGUUAUACUAAAUCAUCUAUUAAUAGAAUUGACUUUGAUAGUGACAAACAGGAACUAGAAAUAUUGAUACAACUGUCAGAGAAUGACCAUCCUAGAGCUAUAGUUCUUCAUUCUUGUCAGAGUCGUAUAUUUUGGACCAACUGGAACAACGAGAACCCGAGAAUACAGAGAUCGUUCCUGGAUGGUUUUGGUGUAGAGUCUAUUAUAACAGAGAGAAUAGAGACACCUAAUGGUCUAGCUAUAGAUAACAGAGCUGAGAAAUUAUAUUGGUCUGAUGCUAGAUUAGAUAAAAUUGAACGUUGUAAUUUAGAUGGCACUGAUAGAAUGGUUAUUGUAACAUCUAUACCACAACAUGCAUUUGGUUUAACUGUAUAUGGUGAUUAUAUGUAUUGGACUGACUGGAUGUUACGUGCUGUAUUACGAGCUAAUAAAUAUGACGGUUCAGAGAUCACCUGGCUAGUUAAGAAUAUAGAGCGACAACCUAUGGGUAUUAUAGCAGUAGCAGAGGAUGCUGAUAAUUGUACAUUAAGUCCCUGUUAUAAUAAUACAUAUGGUUGUGAAGGCGAGUGUAUCACCAAUGAGAAAGGUUUACCCUAUUGUGUAUGUCCACCUGGUAAAUUUUUAUUACCUGAUGGUCGAAGAUGUGCCACUGAGAAGAAUUUAAACUGUAAUAUGACUGAUUAUGUUUGUGAAGAUGGUAGAAUGUGUAUAACUAUAGAGAAGACUUGUAAUGGUGUACGAGAUUGUAUUGAUGCUUCAGAUGAAUCAGAACAGUACUGUAAAACACGUAAAUGUCCAGCUGAUUAUUAUAGUUGUAAUAAUACAAGAUGUGUGUAUCUUGAUAAGAUUUGUAAUGGAAUCAAUGAUUGUGGUGAUAAUAGUGAUGAGAAGCAAUGUCCGUGUGGUGCUGAUGAGUUUCAAUGUGAUAGUGGAAUGUGUAUAUCUAAUAAAUAUAGAUGUGAUAGAGAUGAUGACUGCCCUGAUUUCUCUGAUGAAAAAAAUUGCAAUUUAAAUUGUACAGAUGUAGAGAUGGAUGGCCAUAAAGUACAUGAUUUAAUACCAUGUAAAAAGACGUCUGCCUGUAUAUUUGAAAUCUGGAAAUGUGACGGUACUAAUGACUGCUGGGAUAAUAGUGAUGAAGAAAACUGCAACAAUACUAGCCGACCGAGUGAUUGUCCCCCUAACUCGUUUAACUGUACCAGUGGUGUCUGUAUACCUAUGCAGUGGAAAUGUGAUAAAGAUUUUGAUUGUGCUGAUCUGUCUGAUGAAGCUGACUGCAAAUAUACAUGUUCUGAGAAUGAACAGUUUGCGUGUGCUGAUUCUACGUGUCUACCUAAAACAUGGCAGUGUGAUGGUCAUCCUGAUUGUCCAGACGGUUCUGAUGAAGUGGGCUGUGAUAAAAGACAAUGUAAAGAGGAUGAGUUUAUGUGUACAUCAACUGGUAAAUGUAUACCUAUAACAUGGGUAUGUGAUGGUGAUACAGAUUGUCAAAAUGAUGAAGAUGAACCCUCCAAUUGCAGUAAGUCCAAUGUUCUGUGUGAGGAUAAUGAAUUCCAAUGUUUAAAUAGAAAGUGUAUUCCACAUACAUUUUUCUGUGAUCGAGAUGAUGACUGUGGAGAUAAUUCAGAUGAAGCUCAUUGUCUAUAUCCAGCCUGUAAACCAGACCAGUUUAAAUGUGUAGAAAGAGGACUAUGUAUUGAUGAAUCAGAUCGUUGUAAUGGUCUAUAUGACUGUCCUGACCACUCUGAUGAAAUGAACUGUACUGUGGAGAGUCCGUGUGGUGGUGAUAAAAGUAAACAUCUAUGUUCUAAUGGUUUGUGUAUAGAUGAUAGUAAUGUCUGUAAUGGAAGAAAUGACUGUGGUGACUAUUCUGAUGAACCUCCUAAUUGUGGUAUCAAUGAAUGUGAAGGGAAUCAUCUAUGUAAUCAUCAGUGUAAAGAUAAGAAGAUAGGGUAUGAGUGUGAUUGUAAACCAGGUUAUACUUUAAGAGCUGAUGAUAGAACUUGUCAAGAUGUAAAUGAAUGUAAUACAACAUUUCCAUGUACCCACUACUGUCAUAAUACUAUAGGAUCUUAUCAUUGUAGUUGUGCUACUGGUUAUACCUUAUCUAAUCAUAGAAACUGUAAAACGAACAAACCAGCAGAAUUGAUAUUGAGUAAUAGAUAUUAUAUUCGUAAUGUAUCAUUACCGUGGGGUAAUACAUCAAUAUUAAAAGAUACAUUAGAGAAUGCUGUAGCUCUAGAUGUUGAUUAUAAAUCUAAUUAUAUUUACUGGAGUGAUAUUAGCAGUCGUAGUAGCAGUAUCAACAGAAUGAGGAAAAAUGAUACCAAGGGUACCAUUGAGGUACUUCAUAAGACAACAGUACGUAAUCCUGAUGGUAUAGCAGUAGAUUGGGUUGGUAAUAAUUUAUAUUGGUGUGAUAAAACUACAGAUACUAUCGAAGUUUCUCAACUCAAUGGAAAAUAUCGUAGAAUUCUAGUACGAGAAGGUCUACAGGAACCAAGAGGAUUAGAAGUAUUUCCUUCUAAAGGUGUUUUAUUCUACACAGACUGGGGAGACAACCACCAUAUAGGAAGAGUCUGGAUGGACGGCAGCAAGCAUGAGACUAUAAUCAAAGACAAUCUCGGCUGGCCUAAUGCCUUGACCAUUGAUUAUGUGACCGAAAAGAUAAUUUGGGCUGAUGGAAGCUUGGACUAUAUCGCCAUGGCAAAUCUAGAUGGUAGUGGUAGAAGAAUCAUUGUCAGUGAAAGUCAACGUGUGCCACAUAUUUUCGAUCUGGCCACAUUUGAGAACUUUAUAUAUUGGACAGACUGGGAACACAUGGGUAUAUUUUAUGCCAAUAAGUUCACUGGUGCCAACGUCUCUCAGUUGAUGAGUUUUGUUCACAAACCAAUGGGUCUACAGAUAUAUCACCCCCUAAAACAAGUCAUGCUAGAGAAAGAUCCAUGUGAGAAAAAAGGAUGCAGCCAUCUUUGUUUAUUACGACCUAGAAAAGGCAAUCUAGAUGAUUUAGAAAGUGUGUGUUCGUGUCCAGAAAACUUCCACUUAUCAAAAGACAACAAACAAUGUAUAUCAAACUGUACUAGUGCUCAGUUUCUAUGUCAAGAAUCGUCUAAAUGUAUCCCAUCGUGGUGGAAGUGUGAUGGUCAUGAUGAUUGUGGUGAUGGAUCUGAUGAACCUCCAAAUUGUGCCAAGUAUCAUUGUUUGAGAACAGGAUUUUUCCAGUGUAAAUCAGCUACAUCUAGUAAUGACUGUAUACCACCAGGCUUGAUCUGUAAUGGUGUUAAAGAUUGUAAAGAUGAGUCUGAUGAAUUUGACUGCAAAUCGUUCCCAUGUUUGGACCACCAUUUUAAAUGUCGUGCUGAUGACAAGUGUAUCCCAGAAUUCCAGAAAUGUGAUGGAAAUAAAACUUGUUCUGACGGCGAAGACGAAAAAGAUUGUCCAAUGAGAACAUGUAGUGCCAACCAGUUUCAGUGUAAUAAUGGACUCUGUGUACCGUAUGUUUGGAAGUGUGAUAAAGACGAUGAUUGUGGGGAUAGUUCAGAUGAACCACACAACUGUACUCUCCUAGCCUGUAAAGAUAAACAUAUUAAAUGUAAUAAAUCUGGAAGAUGUAUACCUGAAGCUUGGCAAUGUGAUGGUGAUAGAGAUUGUGGUGAAGAUGACAAGUCUGAUGAAGAUCCAGAACUCUGUCAUACACGAACAUGUGAUCCAACGUAUUUUGCGUGUACCAAUUCUCACUGUAUACCUGGACGAUGGAAAUGUGAUGGUUAUGAUGAUUGUAGAGACAAUUCAGAUGAAAUUGACUGUGAUCCACGUAAUUGUUCAGAAUCAGAAUGGCAGUGUAAUAUUGGUAAAUGUAUACAUAAGAAUCUAAGAUGUAAUAAAGAAAUUAAUUGUGAAGAUGGUAGUGAUGAAGUUGAUUGUCAGAAUAUUACGUGUGAUGCUGAUGAGUUUACGUGUAAGAAUAUUAAACACUGUAUACCAGUAGGUUGGCAGUGUGAUGGAGAUACUGAUUGUGCUGAUGGUACUGAUGAAUGGAAUUGUAGUAAGUAUAAUCGUACAUGUACAGAACAUGAGUAUAAAUGUAAGAAUAGUAUCUGUUUAUCAGCUCUAUGGCAGUGUGAUGGAGAUAAUGAUUGUGGUGACAAUUCAGAUGAACAGGAUUGUGAAAACUAUACGUGUACACCUGGACGAUUCCGAUGUCGACAAGAUCAUAUCUGUAUCUGGAACAAUAUGGUCUGUGAUGGUAAACUAGAUUGUAAACAUGGUGAAGAUGAAAAUACCACACUCUGUAAGUUGACACAAUUUUUAACAUGGAUUCAUUGUGGUGAGCUUUUAUGUAUUAGUGCCCACAAAGUUUGUGACAACCAUCCUGAUUGUAAAGAUGGUUCUGAUGAACUGGAGAAAUUUUGCAACACCACAACGUGUGCUAUUCGUAAUGGUGGUUGUGAACAGAAUUGUGAAGAAAUCUACAGUAGAGUAGUUUGUUCUUGUAAUGAUGGGUACAGAUUACGUAAAGAUGGUACACAUUGUAUGAGAUUCAACCCAUGUAAAGAAUUUGGUGUCUGCUCUCAGCUCUGUGAGUCCAAUGAUUUCAAACCUAAAUGUUCCUGUGAUAAAGGUUUUAUUGCUGUUGCCAAUUCUUCAUGUAUUGCUGAUGGUAAACAGGAUAUAACACUUUACGUGAAGUUAUUAGAUCUAACCAUGGUAACAAAUGAUGAUUUUUAUCAGAACACUCAUAACCAUAUAGUUGCCAUGGAUGUAGAUGUAUCUAGAAAAGACUGGUUGGCGUUCACUGUAGUGUUAUCUAAAAAUCAUACUUGGAUUGUCAACUCAAUGAAGAUACCAAAAGGUCAAAUAACUUUUAAACCUAAUGGCAAGAGACCUAAAAGAGACACUAGCAAUGUAAGUAUUUCCUUAGUGUGUUUUGCUGAUAUUCGAGGUUUGACGGCUGAUUGGAUUGGGGAACAUAUAUACUGGACAGAAGGAACAACUCAUUCUAUUAAAGUAGCUCAAUAUGAUGGUAAACAAGCUAAUACUAUUGUUAAGGAUAAUUUAGAGGAUCCACAAGAUAUUGUUGUUCAUCCUAAAGACAAACAAUUAUUCUGGUCUGAUUUAGGAUUAAGACCUAGAAUAGAAAGAUCUAAUUUAGAUGGUAGUAACAGAACAGUUAUAGUCAGUGAGGACCUCUCCUGGCCGAAUGGACUGGCCGUGGAUUAUUAUAAUGAAAGAUUAUAUUGGGCUGAUACGAAGAAAUACACCAUAGAAAGUGUUGAUUUAAAUGGUGAUGAUCGAAGAGUCAUACAUAAAUUAAAUGCCUCUGAUCCACCAUAUAAACUAGAAGUUUUUGAGAAUUUUAUUUAUGUUUUAACCUACAAGAAUUUUGAUGUGUUGAGGAUGCACAAGUUUGGGAAACCGGAUCAAGUUUUGAAGAAGAUGUAUGAAAGUUCUGAUAAAAUACAAGCUGUGGUCAUUUUACAGGAAAACAAACAGAAGAAAUCUAAUACAUGUGUUGAAACACAGAUGUGUUUUAAUGAUUGGUCAGAGAAAGGACAUAGCUGUAAAUGUCCAGAUAACUCAGAAUUAGAAGACAAGAAAUGUAGCUUCCAGAAAGAAAAGGACACGUGUCAACCAGGAUAUUGUCACAAUAACGGAACCUGUUCCAAGAAUGUCCAUAAUAAAUUGAAGUGCGACUGUUCAUCACAAUACUCGGGUGAAAGAUGUGAACAUAAUACAACAGAGAAAUGUGCUCACUGUUUUAAUGAGGCAACAUGUGAAACAGAAGCAAGUGGAUAUGUUAGAUGUCACUGUCAGCCUGGCUUCGUUGGAGUUCAUUGUAAUCAAUGUGAAGAUUUACAUUGUUAUAAUGGUGGAGUUUGUCAUCAUGAUAAAAAUAACACAGCCUAUUGUUCCUGUCUACCAGGCUACCACACACCAAACUGUGCCAGAUCUAUUCAGAACUGUGAUGAAAUCUGUCAGUCAACUGUAGAGGAUAAAGGUAGUAUUCAAUCUCUUUCUACUGGGCGAUAUUAG